AUGAAAGGAAGUGAUUACAUUGGAAACAGUGGAUAUACCGUUAAAUGGAUUCUUGAGAAGCUUUGUCAGAGUGAUGAUGACAUUGGCGAGGCAUGUAAAAAUAGACUGAUCAAGAAUGUAAGUUUGAGCUCGCACCUUGAAAUAACCGAGAUCUUUUGGAAAAGUUUGCAAAAAUGUGAUACUUUCUUUUACCAAGGAAUGAUAAGUGUGAGCUUGAAAUUAAACAAAAAAUUUUCGUUUUUAAAAUUUACUUCCAGGUGGAAGUGGAAAGAUUGCCGGAAGGAAAGGGAUAUCAAUCAUUUAUUUAUUUGAUCCGUAUUGAAUAUGUGCGCAAUGAAGUCAUCAAAAAUUUCAAAUUGAUCAUGAAGAUUCCCACGAUGAAAUAUGUGGAGGAAGGAGCUAGGAACAUGAAGAUGGUUGGGGUAAGUUAGCAUGGGAUUGGCGUGGAUCAUCGAAAUUGCCCGGAAAGGCAACUUUUAUUUUUAAACUGGAAAUUUAGCUGCUACUACAAGCUUUGGGCUAGCAGUCCAACUUUCUAUUAAAUCUAUCUGUCAUUCUAAUUUUUUGGCUAGCAAUUUUUGCUUCUAAUAUAAGGUUGGACAGUUAAUUUUUAUAUAUUCUUAAUCAGCAUAUGUUUUACGGAUUUUUUGAAACACGUCCCUCCUAAAAGUAGGAGCCCCUAUAAAAGCACGUUCCUUGUUAGAAAAGAAUGUUGUACUCUAAAAGUCAUAUCUCUAUAUAUACAUAGGAAGCUCUUCAACAUUUCCUCGAAUUCUCCAAAUCGUUGCAUGACAAAGAGUGUCUCACCUAUGAGCUGCUGAAAUCGUUGCACUCUGCCGGAUUCCCAAUUCCAAAAUCGUAUCACAUCGAGAGACGUCCUGUUGUUGAAACGCCAGAAAAUAAUCGCCUCUGCCCUGGAGCAUUAUUUCUAGAAUAUGUGGAUGGAAUUUCGAUUGGACUGGCUUCAAGUCUAACAAAGAUUCAGUUACUAAACGCCGCCAAAGACAUGGCAGUUUUGCAUGAUCAUGUAGAUCAAUUGGACAAAACGUUGUGGAAAGGGAAACUUGCAACUCACAAAUUUGACGCCCGAGGUGUUGAAACGAUGCAGAAAUGUUUGGAAUAUGCUGCCGAGGACAUUCCAGGUAGUACGGUUGUUUGAAAAAAGAGUUGUGAAUGUUGUAGGUGCUCGUCCUUUCGCUGAGCGGUUGAAGAGCCUUGACUUGCACAAUCUUGCCGUAUUUUCAAUGAAACUUUUACCAAAACGACUAAACGCUGUAACUCUUUGUCAUGGAGACUUGUGGACGAGUAAUUUGAUUAUUGAAAAAGGAAAGGAUGGGAGUUCUGGUGAUCGAAUUGCAGCAUACGUUGAUUGGCAAAUGGCGUUUGAAGGUGGGUCGUUUAUCGUUAGAACUUGAUAUACAGUGACGGAUCUGAUCCAGUGGCAAAAAGUCUACCAUUUUGCAUCCGGGAAGUGUCAAAAAAUGCUGCAAAAUGCCUCACAAAAAGAGCGGACUCGCUUUUGAAAUCGAUGUUUUUUCACUUGGAGAGGGAGGUAUUUUGCUACAUUUUUGAUACUUCCCGGAUGCGAAAUGAUAUGUAGCUGAAGUUCAGCCUCUGUUGACUGUAUCGCAUAGGACCAAAAAAGAAUUUACAGUGAAACUUUUUUGGCAGAAAAUGUUGUACUACAAGGCCCGCCUAUAACAAACAUUUCCAUGCGUUUCAAGUGUCAAUUUUUAGAAAAUACAGGGUGAUUCAAAAAAAAUGGACAACUUUUGAAGUUGGUGUAUCCCACCACGAAUACCGCAGUCGGCGGAAAGAAAAAAAUUUUUACAAUCGUCAACGAUCCUGCUUCAUGACACCUAUUUCAAUUUUUAAAAUCUUUUUUCUGAACGGCUUGUACGAGCCAAAACAUUAGGUCAGCCCAUAUUCUGACCAAAUUUUCCAAAAAUUUUGUAGGUCCAAAAAUCUUUAACGGCCUGAAUUCUUACAGCCAGAUAAAACUGCGGGUUGACUGUUUAUUCAGACACUAAGGGGAAUCUAAAGAGGCGAACACGCUGACGCUAUUCUAUUAAUAACACUCCAGCGGUUCGCAACGUAGUCCACAAGAGACCCAUCCAGAUAGUUCUAGAUUUUUGGGAUGAUCGGGUUUCAAAACUUAGCAGGGCGGCCUGGCUUGCGCUAAUAACGGCAAAAAGUGAUUCCUGUGAGGCAAUUAACAUUGCUUUACAUGGGCCAGCAGAUGAUGUGAUUGUAGCUAGCAUUAGCCAUGUACUGGGCUCAUAAAAGCUUAGCCGGCUAUACCCAGAGACGCCGAUAUUUUUUGAUCAGAAAAAUUUUGCUUUUUCGUUGGCUUUUUUCAACAAGCCGCACAACUAUGACAAGCUGCAUUUAUACGAUAGUGAUAUAAGUCCGUUCUUCAAUUUUAAAUUGGUCUCCGUUAAUUUGAACAAACCUAGCCUUCAGAAUCCAAGCAUCAUUGCGAUGACCCAUCAAAAAGUCAAAAAAGUCGAAAUUUUGCUUGCAGUUUUGCCAACUGAAGGGUACUAUUGUUAAAAAUGCGUUUAAUAUACUCAAAAUAGAGCAGUAAACGUGAUAUAAAUGGAAUUGGUUCUAAAACUUUGGCCACGUUCAGCAGAUCAUAGUUUUUCAAAGAGCGCCCAUAUGAGGGUUGAUUUUUCCUGGCUAGUUGCCUAACUUUUGGCCCCUGGUUUUUCAUUGUCCGAAAGAAUUGGAUUAAAUCCUUAUAAUAUCCGAGAGAAUAGACGUCUGUGUUUCGCUCAGGCCGCUCAGAACGUCUCGGUUACAACCUAAGGACAUUUAGGAACGGAAACUUUCCAAAUUUUGCCGCGGGAAUGGGUGCGCUGACCCGGCAAUUUUUAAGCAACCAUAUGUCGGCAAGUUUUGCAGCUAGUGAACUAUUUUUGCAAUGAAUAUGUACACAUAACGUAGUAGUUUCAUGCCAUGUGUACCUUUUUCCGAGAAACAUUCAAAGCCAAGAAAAAUCGAAGAAAGAAAAGUGUCCAUUUUUUUUGAAUCACCCUGUAUGUACCUCCCUGCUACAAAAGCUCUCUGGAAAAUGUUUUUUUAAUUUCUUUGGGAUUUGUUGUACAUAAUGUGUAUUCGCUGUAGAAUUGAUGCAUGGUUUGUAGUCCUCCAUAAUUAUCUUUGAAGCCGCUUAGUCUGCUUGUUACAGGCGGGUUUCAGUUUUUUUCUAUUUUUUCGAGUACAGGAUGCGGCAAUUUUUCGCCAGGAUUUGAAUUGGCUAUAACUUUUUUAGUUUUUAUCCGAAUGUUAAAAUUCUUUUUUUCCCUGAAUGCACAGACAACCCCAUUUUGUUUAAUACCAAAUGUGUUAUAUAUACAGGGACCUAGUUCAUAGUUGUUGGCAUUUCGCUCGUUUUCUCUGCUUUUUCGGCGUGUGUGAAAAUCGCCGGAAAAAAUGACUUUUUUUACGAAUUUUGUCGUAAAAAGUUUCAUGCCUGUUCAUGCCAUAGAGAAUACCGUUCCCACAAAAAAUCAGCUAUCUCCGCACAAAACUUGCGAAGAUAUAGCCAAAAAGUUUUUCUGUGUGACCACUCAUGUGCCUUCCUGACCGCAACGAAUCGUUGAAUAUCUUGGUCGCCCCUGUGCGGUGCGGGCUGAAAAUUUUAGGAAUUGAUGUGUGGCCUAUGUCCGGCCCAUGUGCAAAAUUUAAAGAAAAUCUGAUAGUCGCAUUAGGGGUAAUUCCAUUGUCAGCUAUGAAAAUUAGAGCUUUUUCUUUGUCCCGAAUUUUUACUGUAGUCUAAUGAACGGGUAUAACAUAUUUGGUACUAAACAAAAUGGGGUUGUCUAUGGAUUCAGGGAAGAAAAGAAUUUUAACAUCUGCAUAAAAACUAAAAAAGUUAUGGCCAACUAAAAUCCGGCCGAAAAAUUGCCGCACCCUGUAUAUAGAGAGGUUCAGUUCCACCAAAUUUUUUCUACACAGCCAGAACUCAAUCCUAACAAAAAUUCGUUCUUAAGGCAACCAAAUGCAAGAUUUGUGUGAACUAAUAUGCGUUUGUUCUGAUGCCGAGGUAAGAACAGACUGUUGGCUAGAAGUUGUGACAUCAUAUUACAAUCAUCUCUGUUUGCUGUAUGCAAAGCGGUCAAAAAAACCUCCGUUUUCACUCGAAGAUGUGAGUCUAAUGUCAUAGGUUUUCUAGCUUCUACUUUAGGCCAUAAAACUCUAUAAAGCCAUGGAAGUGUAUUUUGCUGUAACUCUGGCGAUGUUGUACAACUUGACAACGAAUGUUUAUCAAACAGAAAGUGAGACAUUCGUUGAAGAGAAGGCUCUGAUUGCCCAGCGAACUCUAAACGCGUUGAAAGAUGCUGUAGAUGUGGCUGAAGUGUUGAAUUUGUACGAAAAGGUUUGA